UACUAUUUUCUCUUCGACCUCUCCCAGUCUUCAUUCCUAUUUCUUCUUCCUCCGCCGGCGGCGAAAUGACGAGCUAUCUAUGGAGGAAAUACGCGGAUUAUCUGUACACAAAAUGGGAGAGAACGAUUCUCUGGGACAUGAUCGAUCCCUACCGUCGGCCCAAAUCUUUCACCCCUCUCGUCACCAUCUACGUCGCCGCCUUCUACACAGGGGUCGUCGGCGCCGCCAUUACUGAGCAGCGUUACAAGGAGAAGUACUGGGAAGAACACCCAGGGGAAGUUGUGCCUCUGAUGACUCCAAAGUUCUAUACUGGUCCAUGGAGGGUGUAUAGAGGAGAUGCCGUGAAGCCCAACAAUUAGAAACUUCCUGGUCUUGUAGUGCUCUGCGAUAUCAAGUUCCUUUGUUUACUGGGUUUGUAAAAGCUAUGAGCUUGACAGAUUUCUGAAGGGAGUUGUUCAUGGUGUUUGUUCAAGGCGCCCUGCUUGUUUUUGGUGAACUUGAUGGUCGAAUGGUGAUGCCAAUUGCCAACACUUUUUGUAUAGAUAUAUUGUAAUGUUACGGCUCAUAUAUUAUGCUUUUUGAUGAUGAAGCUGGUAUAUGCUUCUAUCCACGAGUUUUCGUCACAGUUCCUACAAGAUUUUGUUAUUAUAUCCUGAA